AUGACGCCUACCCGCUACCUCGCAGCGCUGGCCGCCGCCGCCUCGCUACUCUUCAUGCUCGGCGGCCUGCGCGGCGUCAAAGCGGGGCCGGCAGACAACGACUGCGCCGUCGCACAGACGGCGUUCGGCGACUGCACCGGGUACAUCGCCGGCGUGGAGGACAAGCUCUCGCCGCGCUGCUGCAGGGGGCUCGCCGACAUCAGGGACAUGGCGCCGACCUUUGACCGGCGGCGCGCCCUCUGCGCGUGCAUCCACAAGGAGAUGCUCGCCGCCGGCAAGGUGCUCACCCGCCGCGCCGCCACGCUGCCCGCCAGGUGCGGCGUCCGUAUCUCCUUCCUCCCGACCACCCACGACUUCGACUGCUAUCGGAUUCCACGAGCUGAUUGA